AUGAAUUUUUUAAAUAUAAACUUAAUUAUUUUAUCAUUUGUAAUUAUACGUUUUAACAAAUUCGUGACAUCAGAUCACACAAUAAACAUUAGAAAAUGUAAUAGGUUCACGAUUUCUAGUUUUGAGAAGGGAGAUUAUAAAGUUAAAUUGCUUUCCCCAAAUCAGUGGACGAAUAUAACAAGCGUGAGCGAUGGUCCUAGUGUUUUGUUCAAAUGCGAAGAACCAGAAAAGGUUGAUUAUGUUUUUAUAACAUAUCUAUAUGAUGUGGAUAGAUUAAUUAAUAUAGUAGUUGUAAGUCCUGAAGAUCAAAGAAAUCUAUUUCUUGCUUAUAUAGGUGGAGCAUGGAGUAGUGUUACUGGAGAUACUUAUUUAUUAAUGAAAGAAUUACUUAAAUUUGAACGAAAAUUAGAUAUAGCUCUUGGUAUUGAUGAAAAUACGUUUAAUAUAGAAACACAUAAUUUGUAUGGACUUCCUGCAUAUAUUCUUCACCCCAAAGAUGAUUUAAAAUUAGUAGCGGUUUAUGAUGAUUCUCAUCUAAUUUGGCAACAUGAACAUCCCGCUCAUAAUGCAGCAUUUGUGAUAGUUCAUGGAGAGUUAACUACAACAAAAUUAGUUAAUGUAAUUGUUAACGGCACACAAGAAUCGAUAAAUCAAUAUUUUAUGAAAGAAGAUGAUGAAUGGAAAGAAAUAAAUAAAAGCCGAUUUUAUUUAGAAUUAAAUGCUCUUGAUAUAGAAGUUAUAAUGAACGAAACAGCCAUUUAA